AUGACGCCGGAUCACUUCAAGGAGGUUAUAAAAUUUAUUGACCGCUCGUUUAAUGAAUUUAGAAGAUCGACUUCCGAUGUACGCUUGCGAAGACCGUCCUUCCUACGGUGUUCUAAGCCCAAGCACGUAUUUUCAAUAGUCAUCCCUUAUUUUGACAUAGAGGCCGUUGAGGAUUAUAUAAAUCUCCAAAGUAACAAGAAGGAUCAGUACUACAAGAAGCGGGAGUUGGAGAAGCUGUACCGGUAUCGCAAACCCGCCGACGAACCUGAAGAUUUGCAUAUCCCCUAUUCGCUAGAUCAGUCUUACUACCUAUUCCUCAAUGACUCGACAGAGAGGGAUAAAACCCAGGUUGUCGUUAAAUAUGCAGAGCUUCAAGAGAAGAGAAUGAAAGUAACCGAUUCCAAAUCGACUCAAACAUUAGAACCCCAACAAAGCGAAGAUCACAACGCAUCCCGCAGCCAGCCAGAACCUUCUUAUGAUCGCUUGUAUAACGGUUCAGAAGUCAAGCUCCCAACUCAAAUUUCCCAGGACAUGGCAGUGGACUUACCAGUCACUGUAGAUUCAACCAUGACAAAGAUUCUAGAUCGUAUUGUUGGAUUCAUUGAUGCACCGAGCAAUGCUGGAUUAGAUGAAAAUGUCUUUGGCAUUUUUGAGCAAAAUAUCGCCUACCAAACCCAAGCAGAAAGAGAGUGUUUCAAUAUCUUUUCUAAGUGGAAAAAAGUUCCAUGGAUAAAAAACGUUGAUAAACCACAACCCUGGGGUGAAGGCAGUAACCUAGGUAGUUACGAGAGGAACCUCAAGAGACAAGAACUAAGUGCAGAAAAUCGAGAAAAUGAAAUGUGCAGUAUAUCCAAGGAGGUUGAACAUCUCAGUGAAAUUAAAGAUACUAGAGAUGAACUCAGGAUGAUUGAACGGGUCUUUGUGGAUCAAAAAAUUGUCAUCACUCAAUUCCAAGACAUAUUCGAAAACAACAACGACGACGACGCAAAAAGCAAACUCAAAAUCACACUCCAGGGCCUCAAUAAUCGAAUUUCCAAAGUAGAUAGACUUGGGAAAGACGCGUUAUGGGUUGAAAACUCGGAAAAUUUGAGUUACAUCCUACUCGGUAGAAGCAUAUUUGCACGUUAG